UACGGUAAACGGUUGUGCUUUGUUCCCGCUUUCGUCAUUUGUAAAAAUUGCAUUUGCAUGUGCAUGUGUAUAUGUACGCGAACGCGUGAAAACAAUAGCUGCGUAGAUCUUUAAUUAAAUUAUCUGUCAAAAACUUGCCCUGACCGUCAGGCAUUCAGACAUUUAUGCAAAUUCUUUGCCAUACGCGCGCGAAUAGAGUGUAAUUGUGUGUUAGUGUACUUGUAUGUAUAAACGUGCCAUAUGCGUUUAAAGAAUAGCGGUUAAAACUACAUAGCUGUAAAACUGUCAAAAGACCCACUCAGCAAAAGGGGCGAGCGGAGAGAGAAAGAGAAGAAGAAACAGCCGCAGGUGUAAGUUCCAGGUCACGUUAUGGUGGUUAAGGAGAUGCCGUUGCAUGAGAGUCUCAACAUGGAGCAACGGUCCAACGCCAACAGUUUACCUACAACAACAACAGCACCAACAACAACAACAUUUUCUAGCAUGGGCAGACGGUUUAGUGUGUCCUUGACCACAGCGGUACUGUUGGCAUCAUUUUUCAUCUGCACGCUGCUCGCUGUGGGCUUUAUAGUCUAUAACUUUGCAACCUGUGCGCAGCUGGACUCCGAGAGCGGCGAGGACAUACUUUGCACCAAAUUGCAUUUGCGCAAAGCAAAUCAAUUGCAUGGCGCCAAAACGGCACCAAAAUAUGAUCAAGAUGUGCGCCUGCCACGUUCUUUACAACCUUUAAAGUAUAAUCUAACGAUCGUGCCACAAAUGAGCGGUAACUUUAGUUUCACGGGCGCCGUGCAGAUAAACGUGCUGGCGCUGGAGGAUUGCUACAACAUUACCAUGCACGCUGAGGAGCUUAAUAUAACGCGCAACGAUGUUGCCGUCUAUCGUGUACUGUCUACGGGCAGCAAAGAGCAACGCGAGCCAGAUAGUCUACGUAUUCAUAAGCAGUAUCUGGUGAGCGCCAAACAGUUUUUUGUCAUCCAAUUGUAUGAUAAACUACAGCGUGGAUCGGAGUAUAUAGUGCAUAUACGAUUUUCUGGCAUCAUACAGGACUAUUUGCAAGGAUUCUAUCGCAGCUCCUAUGAGGUGCUCAAUGAGACUAGAUGGGUCGCCUCCACACAGUUUCAAGCAACUGAUGCGCGUCGGGCCUUUCCCUGCUUUGAUGAACCUGCGCUGAAGGCAAACUUUACUCUGCAUAUAGCCCGACCGCGUCAGCUAACCACCAUUUCCAACAUGCCCAUAGUGUACAGUAAUAACCACGAAUCGUUACCCAAUUAUGUGUGGGAUCACUUUGCUGAAUCGCUGCCCAUGUCCACAUAUUUGGUGGCCUAUGCCAUAACCGACUUCACUCAUAUUUCUUCGGGGAACUUUUCGGUUUGGGCACGCGCUGAUGCCAUUAAGUCGGCGGAGUAUGCGCUGAGCGUUGGUCCCAAGAUUUUGGACUUUUUGCAGAAUUUCUUUGGAGUCCCUUUUCCCUUGCCCAAGAUUGAUAUGAUAGCACUGCCCGAGUUUCAGGCAGGUGCUAUGGAAAACUGGGGUCUCAUUACCUUUCGCGAGACAGCCAUGUUGUAUGAGAAGGGCGUGGCGAUUGCCAGCAAUAAACAACGUGUGGCGACUGUGGUGGGCCACGAGCUGGCGCAUCAAUGGUUUGGCAAUUUGGUCACACCCAGCUGGUGGACAGAUAUUUGGUUGAAUGAAGGAUUCGCUAGCUAUAUGGAGUUCCUUACAGCAAACGCCGUGGCUCCGGAAUGGAAGCUGCUAGAUGAGUUUGUGGUGAAUGAGCUGCAGACGGUAUUUCAACUGGAUGCGCUCACCACUUCACAUAAAAUCUCACAGGAAGUGGGCAACCCGCAAGAGAUUUCGGAAAUUUUUGAUCGUAUUUCGUAUGCUAAGGGCUCAACUGUCAUACGCAUGAUGAGUCACUUUCUAACUGAUGCUGUCUUUCGUCGUGGUCUAAGCAAAUAUCUGAGGGAAAUGGCCUAUAAAUCGGCCACUCAGGAUGAUCUAUGGCGUUUUCUAACUGACGAGGCCAAAGCUUCAGGCUUGCUUGACAACAGCACUAGCGUUAAAGCCAUUAUGGACACUUGGACUUUGCAAACAGGCUAUCCUGUUGUGAAAGUUUCGCGUCAUCCCAAUUCAGAUGCUGUGCGUUUGGAGCAGACGCGCUUUGUCUAUGGCAAUAGCAGCAAGGCAGACGAGCAGCUACUCUGGUGGAUACCUAUUACUGCGACCACAGCCGAGGAGCUAAACUUUGAGAACACGCGUCCAAGCACCUGGAUACCACGUACUAGCAGCUAUGAGUUAACAAAUCGCAAUCUAUCCAUUGCUAAAUGGUUCAUUUUUAAUAUACAACAAACGGGUUAUUAUCGAGUCAACUAUGAUUUGGACAAUUGGCGUGCGGUGACGGAACAUUUGUUGAAUGCUGGCCAAUAUACACAAAUCGCGCCCGCAAAUCGUGCACAGCUCUUAGAUGAUGUCUUAAACCUGGCGAAAGGUUCAUAUUUAUCCUACGAUACGGCUAUGAAUUUGACACGCUAUUUGGGGCAUGAAACGAACCACGUACCCUGGAAGGCGGCCAUUACGAACUUUAAUUUUAUAGAUGCCAUGUUUGUCAACUCGGGGGACUAUGAUUUACUUAAGAACUAUUUGCUGAAAAUGCUACGCAAAGUGUACUCGGAGGUGGUGGAUCAAGACUCACCAGCUGCCAACGAAGAUGUGCCGUUGCAGCUGAAACGCGCUGAAAUACUUAACAUGGCCUGCCAUUUAGGACAUCAGCAGUGCAUCUCCGAAAGCAACAAACAAUUUCAAAAUUGGGUGCAAACACCCAAUCCAGAUGCUUACAACCCCAUUAAUCCCAAUAUGCGUGGCAUAGUUUACUGCUCAGCUAUACAAUAUGGCUCGGAGUAUGAAUGGGAUUUUGCUUUUGAUCGCUACUUAAAGACGCCUGUGUCCAGUGAGAAGGAGCUACUUCUUAGUGCCAUGGGUUGCUCCAAGGAACCAUGGAUACUGUAUCGUUAUCUGCGUCGUUCCAUAGCUGGACAACACAUACGCAAACAGGAUAUGUUGCGUGUAUUUGCUGCUGUAUCUAAUACUAUAGUGGGCCAGCAGAUAGCAUUUGAUUUUCUGCGCAACAAUUGGCAGACAAUUAAUGUCUAUAUGGGCUCACAGGUGUCUAACAUACACACGCUGCUGCGCUUCGCCACCAAGCGCAUGAAUUCAAUGUUUCAGCUAAGCGAGCUGGAGGAAUUUGUGCGUCAUGCGCGCUGGGUGUAUGAUCGUCCUAUACAGCAAAUUUUGGAACAAGUUGAGGUGAAUGUGGACUGGAUGAAUCGUAACUAUAAAUCCAUAGUUAAGUGGUUGCAGGAGCAGCAGCCCGAGAGCAGUUUGUACAUGUAGAAAACAGUAUUAACAAACAUCAGUGCAUUUAAAACUGUAAUGUCUUUAGUAUUUAUGUCGUGUAAGCCAAAGAAACACAAAACGUUAGGGCCCGUCCGUUCACUGUUUUUAACAUAAUUUAAAUUUGUGCAAGCUUUUAAUUUUAAUUAUGUAUAACGAGAAUCUUUGUAUU